AUGAGGCCUAUCAAUUGCGUUGAUAACAGAAGUAGGUGUCAUCCGCGAGCGCAUAGGUAGGCACAUCUAUUCUUCUCUCGAUACCAGCCACUAGGCAAGCGUCCAUGUAAAUUAGGUUGUUCCUAACGGACCAAUUUACACUUCCGUCCCUGGCCCUUGACAGAUUCGCGGCAUGUUGGCCUAAUAACGGCUACUGGCCUCAAUAAGUUCCCCGCAUCUACAGCAAUGAUUCAUUGGACAUGAAAGCCUUGGAAGUAAACGGGAGGCAGCUUGUGUAGUACAACUGCUCAGAUUCAUUGGUGCCUGAGAGGCAACCAUUUGAAGCAGGCUGAGUAGGUCGGGCCUCUUUAAUGUCUUUAAGAUAGCGGGGUUUUAUCUCAUCCUUCAUCAGAUCCUCAGACCCUUAGACCCCUCAGACCCUCAGAUCUUCAGACCCCCAGAUCUUCCUCAUUCAGUUCCGCAUCAAAGUCACCUAGCCCCCAAUAUUAUAUUCAACAAUGUCGUCUAAAGUCGUAGCUAAGGUUUCGCUUUCGGAUCUGCAGGGUCCAGAUGUCCCACCCGUUGCUUCAAUAACCGAUGUCAAAUACCUAUCUUCCUACAACUGGAUCGAAUCACCCAAGCCUACUAUCGCCGUCCCCGGCAGUCCACCGCUUUGGGCUGCUCCAAAGCUCCCUCAGAGGGUAAAUAAAGAUUCAGGUCUUAUAUACAUUGCACAGAAUGCGGCUCGCCACCCCGACAGUCCUCUUGAGCCCCUAUUCCGUGCUAUCUACGUAACGGACCCAUCGUUUGACAUUCGACCUAUCGAUAUCGUGACCGACCGAAACAAUAUCCGCAAACUUCUGUCAUUCGUUGACCCUACAGUAGCAAGAAAUGGACUCGAAGAGUUCACUAUCAACAUCGAGGUUACCAAAAAUACUGCAAUAUUCAGCCGCGACGAAACUGAAACUCAGGAUAUUAUCGGCCCCAAUGAGUUCAAGGGCUUCGGUCAUGAAUUCGAAAAGGCCUGUACAAUCAACAAGAUUGUCGGCAGUACUGGCCAUCACAGGAUUAUAUCGUACCGCUUUGGCGGACUAAACGUAAUUGUUCGCCAUGAAACAGACGGAUACGUGGGUGCCACGGCGGGCCCGUCGUCUUCCGCUCGCAAGGCGCAGUCGCCUUCUGACCUGACGAGCGUAUUCGAUUCACUUUCUCUAUCGCCGACCAAUACCAAUCUGGGCACAACCACCAAGGGCUCAAAGCUUAUUGUUCAGCGAGACGGCCAAGCCGUGCCUCUCAGCUCGACCCUUGAAAUCAAGACACGCGUGUCCCACAAGCCCCUCGAAAUCCGUGAAGUUGCCGCACAGAUCUGGGUGUCGCAGACCCCAAAGCUGGUGCGAGCUUACCAUCAGCGCGGGGUGUUUAAAGUCCCGACGGUGGAAGAUAUUACCCCCCAGAUCAAGAAAUGGGAACAGGACAAGCAAGUGCACCUAAGAAAGCUAGCUUUGUUGAUGCGCAGAAUCGUCAACGUGGUGAAGAAUUGUCGCGAGAGCGUGACGUUGAGGUACGACAGGCGGGAGAACAAGUUGAUCCUGACGGAAGUACCGAGGAAGAAGAUGCUCCCACAAGACCUGUAUUUGAAGUGGGAUGAUGCUAGUUAUACCAGAACGGCGGCUGGCGCAGGCGUCAAGCAAGAAGUGAAGGCCUAGGCGGAUGGUAUGUAGAUGGUAGCAAGCUACACUGAUCUGAAAGGAUUUAGUUAGCACUCCCAACUCCGAGAUCAGCAAGAGGUUAGGCGGGUAUUUUUGAGAAUCCUAUCUGGUACCUACCUGCCUGUAAUACCACAUUCUCGCAGCGACAUUGAUGUCUUAGAAUGGCUUCAUGUUAGUAACGCAAGCAUGGGGGCUAUAUAGGAUCGAAAUUGAUGCAUUUAUUAAGCUAUAUGCAAGAACCGUGCUUCUAGACACGGUCCUUAGCCCAAGGAUG